UUUCAUGGUCCAGAUCCUUCUUCUUUAUCUCUCUUUCCAACUCUCCAACUCUUUAUAAAUCUCCCUCCAUCCCCACACACCACUUCUACUCAAUACACCAAUCUACUUUCUCUUCUCUCUUGUCACUUGUCACCAAUAACCAUCGAAAUAGACAUGGACAUAGAUGCUAUCCACAACCUCGACUUCUCCGGAUACAGCACCAUCACCAACACAACCCCCUCUUCUGAUGAUGACUAUGGUUGCAACUGGAACCACUGGUCCCCCGUCGUCAACUGGGACGCCUUCACCGGCGCCCACGACGACUUCCACCAAAUCAUCGACUCCAUCAUGUGCGACGGCGCCGCCCCCGAGGAGGACAACCUCAGCCCCGACGACCACGUCGCCAGCAACUCCCCCUCCGUCUCCAUCACGGAGGAGGACGACGACGCCGGCGACGAUUCCAAGGGCCUGAGACUCGUCCAUCUCCUUAUGGCCGCCGCGGAGGCCCUCAGCGGCGCCCCCAAGAGCCGCGACCUGGCUCGAGUGAUAUUGGUUCGGCUCAAGGAGUUGGUGUCGUCCCACGCGGCGCCGCACGGCUCCACCAUGGAGAGGCUCGCCGCCUACUUCACCGACGCGCUCCAGGGCCUGCUAGAAGGCGCAGGGGGUGCUCACAAUAACAACAACAAGCAUCACCACCACUACAUCACAUCAUGUGGGCCCCAUCACCACCACCGCGACGAUCAUCAUCAUCAAAACGACACCCUCGCGGCGUUCCAACUGCUCCAGGACAUGUCUCCCUACGUCAAGUUCGGACACUUCACCGCCAACCAGGCCAUCCUCGAGGCCGUGGCCCACGAUCGCCGUGUCCACAUCGUCGAUUACGACAUCAUGGAAGGGGUCCAGUGGGCCUCCCUCAUUCAGGCUCUUGCCUCCAACAAAACGGGCCCACCGGGCCCACACCUUCGUAUAACCGCAUUGUCCCGCACCGGCUCCGGACGCCGCUCCAUCGCCACCGUCCAAGAAACCGGGCGCCGCUUAGCCGCCUUCGCCGCCUCCCUUGGCCAACCGUUCUCCUUCCACCAUUGCAGGUUGGAGCCCGACGAAACGUUUAAACCUUCGUCGCUUAAGCUGGUUCGCGGAGAGGCUUUGGUUUUUAACUGUAUGCUAAACUUACCGCACCUUAGUUACCGCGCGCCCGAAUCGGUUGCGUCGUUUUUGAGCGGAGCCAAAGCGUUGAAGCCGAGGCUGGUGACUUUAGUGGAGGAGGAAGUGGCCUCCAUUGUUGGAGGGUUCGUGGCGCGGUUUAUGGAUUCGCUGCAUCACUAUUCAGCGGUGUUUGACUCGCUGGAGGCUGGGUUUCCGAUGCAGGGCCGGGCCAGGGCACUUGUGGAGCGGGUUUUCUUGGGCCCGAGGAUAGUGGGCUCGCUGGCCCGGAUGGGGGAAGAGGAGGAAAGAGGGUCGUGGGGGGAGUGGUUGGGUGCGGCGGGGUUCAGGGGAGUUCCGAUGAGCUUCGCGAAUCAUUGCCAAGCGAAGCUGUUAAUUGGUCUUUUCAACGACGGGUAUAGGGUGGAGGAGUUGGGGAGUAAUAAGUUGGUCUUGGAUUGGAAAUCUAGGCGCUUGCUCUCUGCCUCGCUUUGGACUUCUUCCUCCCACUCAGAUUAAUUUUCCUUUUUAAUUUCUUUGACCUCCAUAAAUGGAAACAAAAUCAGAAACUGUAUCUUUUACACUUUUAGUUGUACUUCCCAUUUAUAGUAGUUUUAGUUUUAGGAUCUUUGCUAACACGACAGUGACCUACCUAGCAGUCCUAGAAAAAUUCCAACACUUCUCCUAACAUGUUUUCUUUCUCA